AUGCCAUAUAAUAGCCCAUCGUUUAUCACAAAUGGUUACGUGAAUCAAGCUCUAUCGUUUAAUGCAGCUGCCAAUCAAUCACUAUAUACUUCAUAUAUUCCUAUAACAAAUAGUAGUUUUACAGUCGACAUUUGGCUUUAUCCGACCGGUUAUCCUAAUGUAAAAGAUCACAGCAUUGUUGGUCUGUGUUCUUCAAGAUCAACAUCGAUGUGUCUUCAUUUCACAAUACGAAAUACAAGUUCAGCCUAUUAUCUCUAUAUGGGUUUCAUGAAUAAUGAUUGUUCAAGUGCUCAGACUAUAACACUCAAUCGAUGGACUCAUGCUGGAUUUGUAUUCGAUUUGACAACAAUGAAACAAUGGGUCUAUGUCAAUGGUGUACUAAGUCGAACUUGUACAGCACAAGCACCCAUCAUGGUCAAUAAUAGCAAUAUUACUAUUGGCACUAUUCCCGUUCUUGCGGCUCCUUCGGACAACAAUGUCUUUCAGGGUUACAUGGAUCAACUUAUAAUUAGCAAGAGAGCCAAAUCGGCAUGUGAAAUUCUUGAAGAGGCUACGUUAGCUGCCCGUUUUCCGUUCGACAGUGGAUCAGCACUUGUCGAUUACGGACCUAAUUCUGGAUCAUCAAGUGCCUCAUCUUACUCAAUCAUAUCGUCUGGACACUCUCUUCAAGCUAUUUCAUUCACGGGUUCAUCUUCAUCUUACUUUCAAGCAUCAGGCUUUACUGCAUUCAGUAUAAAUAAUCAACCAUUUUCUAUCUCUCUUUGGGUUCAACCUCAGUCUCUAUCAGGUUCACUUGUUCAUCUCUCCACUUCUUCGAAUGGUGCUGGAUCGUGGUGUAACUCUUUAUUGGGCUUUGCAUCGAAUGGUGCACUCGUUGCUCAAAUAUACGAUGGUAGCAUACAGUCUGUUACAGCAUCCACCCUUCUUUCUUUGUCACCAUCUUGGACACAUGUCGUACAAACUUGGAGUCCGACGAGUGGCCUCCGUCUGUAUGUGAAUAAUGUUUUAGUAGCAUCUCGAUCGUCAGCCACAAUAUUUACAGCUACUGGAACGACACCAAAUUAUAUAACAUUGGCCAAUGGUCGUUCGGCAUCGGGCAGUUGUGCAGCAGGAGCAAUCGGUGUUCUCGGUCCUUUCAGUGGUGCUGUUGAUGAUUUCAGAAUUUAUAGUCGAGAGUUGACGGUAACCGAUGUGUGCGCACUCUAUUCAAGCUGA